CGGUAUUUGUAAGUCCAUUACAUUGGUCUUCAUUAUAAGCCGGAUACUUACCUCAAAACAAGAUUUUAAGUUCGCAGUUGAAACUUUAUAAAUGUUUGUGUAUUGACAAUAAAGUUAUGAGGAUUUAGUAAUUUAGGGCGUACUUCACGCUACUUGUAGUUUACUUUGGUCUAUAUAUCGUAUUCAGAUAGGAAUUUAUGACAUUAAUGAUGUGAGAACACGGAGUGAUAAUUUUAUGAAAAAUACAAGUUAAAAAUACAACACAUGAGCUGCAAUAUUUUCUACGGAUUUAAUUGAGGCAUCUUUGAUUUGUCGUACAAGUUAAUAAAUGACUGGUUUCCCUAACCAUGGCCGGCUCGAUGUUUGAGGAUGUUUUCCAGGAUCAGUUUAUACCAUUGGAUAUAAGAAAGCAGGUGGGAAACUAUAAGAUUGGAAAAACUUUGGGAAAAGGCUCGUUCUCCACUGUCCGAGAAGGCAAACAUCUGCAGAAUGAACAAACGGUUGCAAUAAAAAUAAUCCCCAAAAGUUCCAUCCUGCAACAGGAGAAAAUAAAGAAACGAUUUUGCAGUGAAAUUAAAGUACAGAAAGGUUUAGAUCAUCCAAAUAUUGUACGUUGUUUGGAGUGGAUGGAAACUGGACGCAAUUUUUAUCUGGUUUUAGAACUAGUUGAAGGAGAAAAUAUGAAAGAUUAUUUAAAACGAAAGAAACAUAUAGAAGAAACGGAGGGUAAAUCUAUAAUGAGACAGAUUUGUUCAGCUGUAGACUAUAUGCACAAUGAAGGCAUUUUACACAGGGAUUUAAAACUAGAUAAUAUGGUUUUAGAAAAAGAAGGAAAAGUGAAAAUAGCAGACUUUGGAUUGAGUACUAGUGUUGAAGGAAUAGAAAACAAACUUAACUUUUGUGGUUCUCCUUCGUUUAUUGCACCGGAAGUACUCAGUAAAAGGAACUAUACUACAGCAUCAGAUAUAUGGAGUCUAGGAGUAAAUUUAUUUUACCUUUUGAUUGGAACUUUGCCGUUUACCAUGGAAUCCAAAAACAACUUUGUAUCCCUAUACUUUAGUAUUUUACAAGGCUGUGAAAUUCCCUCCACAAUUUCUGAACAUUGCAGAGAUUUGCUGACAAGGAUGCUGACAGUAGACGAAGUCAGAAGGAUAGCAAUGAAUGAUAUUUUAGAACAUGAAUGGUUGACGCCGGAAGAUGUAUAGCACUGGCUGUUGACACCGGAAGUUGUAUAGCACUUGCUGUUGACACCGGAAGUUGUAUAACACUGGCUGUUGACACCGAAAUUGUAUAGUACUAUCUGUUGACACCGGAAGUUGUAUAGCACUAGCUGUUGACACCGGAAGUUGUAUGCACUGGCUGUUGACGUCAGAAGUUGUAUUGCACUAGCUGUUGACGUCGGAAGUUGUAUAACACUGUAUGUUGACGUCGGAUGUUGUAUAGAACUGGCUGUUGACGUCGGAAGUUGUAUAUAACCAGCUGUUGACACUGGCAGUUGUAUAGCACUAGCUAUCCACAUUGUAAACGAUACCUUACCCGCCUUGUGUUCAUUUGCAAUUAAGUUCAAAUAUCAAAUUAAUUUUUAAUAAUAUCAUAUAACGACGUUUUAUGUAUACUACAGCACUUUUUAUAUAUAGUAUUUAUAUUCAGAAUAUUUGUUUUUAUGUUAAUCUUCUGAGGGAGACAGCACCCAAAUGAAUAUGAACGGUUACGUUCUUGUCUCUAGACAUCAUUUAUUUGAUAUACAAUUUAAUUUGAUGAGGGACACGAUAAAUCUUUACGUUUGAAUUAAAUCGUACUCUGUUAUGCUUUUAGAUAUACUAACGUGUCAAAUGUUUUCCUUUUUGUGUACUUUGAAAAUCGGAAAAUUUGUUAAAUUGAUCUCAUCUUGAAUACAAAUGAAAUAGUUCACUGAAAAUUAAAGUAAUAGCAAUCAGUUAAACUUAAAACAAAGAAUUGAAGACAAUAAUGUUGGCCAACUUUUAAUUCCAGUUUAUUACAAUAGCGAUGUUUUUAUUCACUCGACAAGAACGAUAAAGUUAUAUAUUACGAACCUGUUGUUUGAUGCUAGCCCCGUAAUAUUCCAAUUAAUAUCUUACUUCCUUUUAAAAGUAUUUAUACGAAAUUCUUGCAAAUUAACUUAAUUAAUCUUUUUUCGGUGAAUACAUUUUUAAGUAUUAUGUAACUAACCACUUUUCACGAAUGGACGUACAUGUGAACAUGGUAUUUAUGCAUACAUUAAUCUGUUUAAAUAAAGCCACGUUUAUUAUUA